AUGACAGCGACUACGGGAUCGGGCAAGCGGUGGGUGCCGUCCAAGCUGCGCCACGUGCACGAAGUGCCGUCGCAGGCGCUCAACUGGCGCCUCCUGCUCGCCGUGCUCUCCAUCGGCCUGCUCGGCGCCAGUCGAGGCAUGGACGAGGGCGUUAUCUCCGGAUCGAUCGGCACACCUGCGUUCGAACACGCAUUCAACGUCAAGAAGAAAUCCAACAAGGAGUCCAACAUUGUCGCCAUGGUGCAGCUCUUCUCGACGCUCGGGGCGCUGGUCGGAUAUGCGAUGUCGGACCGCUUCGGACGUGUGAUGGCCGGCAGGCUGAGCUGCACGCUCAUCAUUAUCGGGUCCUCCAUGUGGAUGGGCAGUGCCAACCGCAUCGCGCUGCUGUAUGUCGGGCGAAUGGUGACCGGCGUGGGUGUGGGUAUUUCCUCGGUCUGUUCUCCGGUCUUCCUGGUCGAGACGGCUCCGCGUCAGAUUCGUGGACUGUGCACGUCGGUGUACAGUGUGUCGAUCUACCUGGGCGCAAUGUUGGGGUACGCAGUGAACCUGGGCGCGAGCCGCUCGCAAGACAAGCGCAAGAACAUUGUCUGGCAGAUUGUCGUCAUCCUUCCCAUCGUCUGGCACUUUGUGCUUCUGAUCAGUACGUUCCUGAUCCACGAGUCGCCGCGCUGGCUGCUUGACCACGGGCACGUCGAAGCCGCCUCGCGCUCGCUCCGCUUCUACCGCAACCUGGACGAGAACCACCCUGCGAUGAUCGAAGAGACGCAGCUGAUGCGUGAUUCCAUUGCCGAGGAACACCAGCGCCAUGCGGAGCGUUUUGAGGCGCUGCCGGCCAAUUCGCUGCAGCGCCGCUCCAAGACGCUGCUCAAGCUUAAACUCGUGCUCACCAGUCGCAAGAACUUGCUCAAGGUCGGGCUGGGUGUCAUGAUCCAGGUGCUCGUGCAGUUUGGUGGGCCGGGCGCGAUUGCGACGUAUGCGAACCGCAUCAUGACGCUCGUGGGCGCAUCGGACAAGAACGGCUACGUCAUGUCGGUCGGCUUCGGCGCGACCAAGCUGGGCUGCGGCCUGCUAUCUUCGCUCCUGCUGAUCGACCUGUUGGGCCGCCGGAAGACGCUGCUGAUCGGUGUGGCGAUCCAGGGCCUGUCGAUGCUGUAUGUCUCGGUCUUCCUGGGACUCUACGUGCAGGGCCACCACACCAAGGGCGAAAAGCAUGCGGGGCAGGCGGCGCUUGCGGCCAUCUUCAUCUCCGGCGCGAGCUUUUCGGCGGGUGGCAAUCUGGCGCAGUACCUGGUGGGUACCGAGAUCUUCGAGAUGCACGUGCGCAGUCUGGCGAGCUCGCUGGUCAUGGCCAUGCACUACCUGCUGCAGUACAGCGCGACGCGUGCGCUGCAGCCCAUGCUCAACUCGCCCAUGGGCGGCGCGGGCACGUUUGCGUUCUAUGCCGCCGUGUCGCUCGUGCUGGCCCUGCCGUUCUAUGCAAUCUUCCUGCCCGAAACUGCAGGCCUGCCGCUCGAGCAGAUCGACCAGGUGUUCGAAAGACCCGCCUGGGCCAUGGGCCGCGCAACGAGGGCCCGCGACAUCUCGAUCGAGUCGGCCGACGGUGGCGACAACAAGUUGUCGACCCUGCCCAAGCUCGGCUCGCAAUCGUCGUCCGCUUCCUCGAACGGCCUGGACGACGACGACAAGAAGGAAGACCUCGAGCCCCAGCUCCGAGUCAAGACGAGUUCCUAG